AUGGCUAACACGCAACUGAGUGAGAGUACCAUAACCGUGGGUGGACAGACUCUGUUCUACAGGCAGGCCAAGCCAGCUCAGCCGACCCCUCGUCUCUCUGUCUUGCUGCUGCAUGGCAUUCGUUUUUCAUCAGAGACUUGGCUCAACCUGCAGACCUUGUCUAAACUGGCCGAAGCUGGAUACCGUGCUGUAGCUAUUGACCUACCAGGUCUGGGUAAUUCCAAAGAGGCUACUGCUCCAGCUCCCGUUGGAGAGCCAGCACCCGGCAGUUUCUUGAAGUCCGUAUUCGAGGCCCUUCAGUUAGACCAGGCUGUGGUCAUCAGCCCGUCUCUCAGUGGGAUGUACUCGCUUCCAUUCCUCUUCCAGCACAAUGAGCUGCUGAAGGCCUACAUCCCGGUGGCACCCAUCUGCACGGAGAAGUUCCCAGCCACACAGUAUGCUGGUGUCAAAACACCAACACUUAUCGUGUAUGGGGACCAAGAUGUCCAGCUGGGAGAGGUCAGCCUGAACAACCUGAAGAACUUACCCAACCACAAGGUGAUGCUGAUGGAAGGGGCAGGCCAUGCCUGUUACCUUGACAAGCCAGACGAGUGGCACCUUGGUCUGCUAAACUUCCUAGAGAGCUUGGAGUGAAGAAUAAACUGGCUCUGCGUCCUCUGGGCCAUCAUCGGUCACUUCCACAUCUGUCUCUUUGGGGCAUGCUUCCAGAUGAUCGGGACCACU